GCAACUUUUGUGAUAAAAUGGUGAAAACUUAAACAAAAUAUAGGGGCCUAUUAUGAUUUCAGUGAGAUUAUAUUGUUGACUUAGAUGCAUGCUUCUAUGUUUCAAAAGGAAACCUAAAGUAUGAUCCAACUGUUGAUUCUUGCGACUCUACUGGGGUCCGUGACCAGCCAGCAGGCUAAUUUCGACUGUUUCAAGACCCAGCCACCCCAACCUUGUAACCUGCAAGUCACCUACCCUGAGCCGAUAGGGAUAACAACAUGCGACGGUGAAUACAAAAGGGGGACGGGCGACUCGGCCUUCAAGACACAGCCAACGUUUAGAGCAGCGGUCACUAAACAACCACAAAACGCUGUUCUUUUGAUGAUGGAGCGAGAAAACACAGCCGUUGGAUUAUUCUUCAAAGCUAAGGUAAACAUGAACUGUGAUGUAGAGAUAGAUGGGCCGCCUCCAGAUUCGUAUCACGGACCGAACCCUCAAGAGGGAGCACAUCAUUACGUGUAUUUUCUGUUCGACGUUGGAGACAAGGACUUUCAGCAUUCGCAGAUCGAUAUCGAUGGCCUCUGCCCAGUGCUCACCAGACUGGGGGUGGGGGACCCCAUCGCUGUCUCACAGAUCACCGUUUCACAAAACGACGGCCCCGGUGAUGCGACACCAGCGGCAAAGGGGAGUCCGUUGGCUUGCCCGCUCAGUGGUGGAGCUCAGGGACCUACACCUGCACCUGGAGGGGCACCUGGAGGGGCACCUGGAGGGGCACCUGGAGGGACACCUGAACCUCCACCUGGAGGUGCACCUGGAGGGGCACCUGGAACUACGGCAGCCCCUACACCAGGAUCUGGCUCAUGUUGCCAAACUACAAUUGGACUUUACAUUAUCUCUUUACUGCUAUGUCUUGUUUAGAUAACCAUAAGCAUUCAUAUAUAUAUAUAUAUAUAUA